UGUAUUGUUCAGGAUAUAAAACAUUUCGGGGACACAGAUGAAAAAAAGAAAAUGGCUACUGUGGGGAGAAGAACGUGCUGUCACUUCGCCAAACGUUUACAAUUAACUUCUACAAAUCCACAGACUGUUAUCAAGAGAUGGUCAAACACAGUCCCAGGCCAUGUGAUUGAUAAGCAAAGACAAUCUCCAAUGUCAUCUGAUCGAUUAAAAAUGGAGGAAGUUGAUAAAGCUAUUAAAGUUCCAAAGGAUUUUACGUCAGUGUAUCCCGAGUUUCUCCCAAACCGUUCUCCCGAGUCGUACAGAGAUAAUUUGAGAGAUGCUUUGGAGAGAAAGGAUAUGUUGAAACGCAGGGCACACAUACAUUUGCCAGAGUUUCAUGUUGGUAGUAUACUAGCAGUGACUGCUGCAGAUCAUUUUGCUCCGGACAAGACCAACAGAUUUGUUGGGAUAUGUAUUGAACGUGAGGGACAUGGAAUGUGGCAUAAAUUUACUUUGAGGAAUGUCAUCGACAACCAAGGUGUUGAGAUUUCAUACCACCUUUAUAAUCCUACUAUACAAAAAAUAGAGGUGUUAAAACUGGAAAAGCGGGCAGACGAACACCUGCGUUACCUUAGAAACGCCCCACAUGAAUACAGCACAGUUCCAUUUGAUCUGAAGGCAACCUUAAUUGCCAGAGGCCAACCUGUACCAAUCAAUGACAUAAAGGUACCAUUAAACCCCAAGCCUUGGCUUGAAAGAUGGGAACGGCAGGACUUGGAAGGAGCAGAAUUUACUGUUAAUUUAACUGCAAAGCAACAGAAGAAGUUUGAUGCAUCACAAGCUCCACGUAAACUGAACAAAUAUGAUUUAAUGAAAAAAUAUAGGACAACAAUAAACAAAGAAGAAAAAGAAUCAAUCAGUAGAGAAAUGUACGAAAGUAAUACAAUGGAGGAGUAAAGUGUGUGAGAGUGUUAUAUGUGAUCAUAUCAUGUUUGAAAUCUGUAAAUACAUAAUUAUAAAAUUCA